GCAGAGCUGGCGGGCAGACGCGCCGCCUCGCUCGGAGCCGGAGUGGGCGCUGCGGCGCCGCGCCUCGGAAGGGAGCGGGCCCCGCCGCCACCGCCGCCCGAUGGCGAGGCUGAGGGACUGGCUGCUCCGCCAGCAGGUCGCGAUCCGCUCGCUGCUCUUCUGGUCCCUGGUCUACUGCUACUGCGGGCUCUGCGCCUCCAUCUACCUGCUCAAACUUUUGUGGAGCAUCGGCAAGGGCCCCGCGCAGACCUUCCGGCGGGUCGCCCGGGAAAACGCGCCCGCGUGCCUGAACGAGCCCUCUCUGGGUACCCACUGCUACGUGCGGAUCAAGGAUUCAGGGUUAAGAUUUCAUUAUGUUGCUGCUGGAGAAAGAGGCAAACCACUUAUGCUGCUGCUUCAUGGAUUUCCAGAAUUCUGGUAUUCUUGGCGUCACCAAUUAAGGGAAUUUAAAAGAGAAUAUCGAGUAGUAGCACUGGAUUUGAGAGGCUAUGGAGAAACAGAUGCUCCCAUUCAUCGAGACAGUUAUAAAUUGGACUGUCUAAUUACAGAUAUAAAGGAUAUUUUAGACUCUUUAGGGUAUAGCAAAUGUGUUCUUAUUGGCCAUGACUGGGGGGGCAUGAUUGCUUGGCUAAUUGCCAUCUGUUACCCUGAAAUGGUGAUGAAGCUUAUUGUCAUUAACUUCCCUCAUCCAAACAUAUUUACAGAAUAUAUUUUACGACACCCUACCCAGCUAUUCAAAUCCAGCUGUUACUACUUCUUCCAAAUACCAUGGUUCCCAGAAUUUAUGUUCUCAAUAAAUGAUUUCAAGGCUUUAAAACAUCUGUUUACCAGUCAUAGCACUGGCAUUGGAAGAAAAGGAUGUCAAUUAACAACAGAAGAUCUUGAAGCUUAUAUUUAUGUCUUUUCCCAGCCUGGAGCAUUAAGUGGUCCAAUUAACCAUUAUCGAAAUAUCUUCAGUUGCCUGCCUCUCAAACAUCACACGGUGACCACUCCAACACUACUACUGUGGGGAGAGAAGAAUGCAUUUAUGGAGGUUGAGAUGGCUGAAACCACAAAGAUUUAUGUUAAAAACUAUUUCAGGCUAACUAUUUUAUCAGAAGUCAGUCAUUGGCUUCAACAAGAACAACCUGACAUUGUGAACAAAUUGAUAUGGACAUUUCUAAAAGAAGAAACAAGAAAAAAAGAUUGACUUUUCUAUAUCUUCUAUGAGGGUUCUGUAAUGAAAUAUUUAAAUAAUUUUUAAAAUUGUUCAACUUCUUUAAGCUACAUUAGGAAAUAUUGUUUUAAUAUGUUUUAUCAUAAAUAAAUAUUGUGACAAAUGAUAUUGAAAAAAUCUGAGAAUGUGUAAA